GCAGGACAACCCAGCUUGGAGAGCAGUCUAUUCGCUCUCAAAGAGCAAUAUCGUUACAUUGAGGGCAUGUAAUAGUACCUUCUCUCCCGAUUUCUUCAGUCACAGAAAGACAAAUUCUCCAUGUCGUUUAUUCCGAGAUUGGAACAAUAACGUUCAUGCCCUGAACAGGAACAUGAACCAAUGCCCGGGAGACCCAUGUCUUCUCCGCCAUCGCAAGGCAAACUCUAAUCUUUACAUCUAUGGAUGAUACACAUGACCUUGCAUGGAUACGAUUUCCUUGUUCUUCGGCAGCAGAGAUGUUUCUGCAAUUCAGUGCGAAGGUAUUCGCAUUUGCCUUUGAGCAUCGUCAAUUUCAGCCUUCAAAUACUCCAAUUCAACGCUUCUUCUCUUCAUAUCAUCGUAACUCCCUUGAACCCCAAGGAUAAUCUUGUCGCGACAUGACCUCAACCCCCGUAUUGCUUAGUGACCGCAUAAACCAGCUAGGACUCUGCGAGUCACGGUUGGAAGUCAAAGGACCUCCCAGUCAAAUGACGGAUACAAAAUCCGAACUUGUGGGAUGGACAGCGUACAACGGUGGAUGGAAUGUGGAUCGCUCAUCAGCCUCGUUGACACCAUUGGAGGAGAAGGAACACCUCGUCAAAGACAUCUUAGCGGAACUGACGCUCCAAGCCCAGUAUUUCAACAUGAUGACUGUGAUGAUCUCUCAGGCUGUUGGCGAGCAUUUUGAUUACCCACAACGUCCUGCCAAGGAAGGAAAGUCUAUUGUAAUGAUCAAAGGUGGCUUCUCUUUGAACCCAGAGUUCCAAAGGAUAAAGAUAUGGAUACCUAAAGCAGAUGCAGGUUUCAAUGAUGCCAGUUUGAACAUCGGAAAUAUGGAAAGCGUGAUUGACCUCAUUAACGGUGUCGCCGUUGAACAUGUGAAGUCAAACUUGGAAGCCUUAGAACACCCCUUCUCAUUGACAUAUGAAGUGACACGUGUUGAUCGUAACGCUCGAUCACGCAGCAAGACAGGCCAGACAACGGAUAAACACUACAUACCCAUUACCCUCAGGCCGUCGGCCACUUUAGCAGGGGAAACUCCUACGCAGGCGUCUCGACGUCAAAGAUUAUUAGAUCGAGAGCCAUGGGGAUCGAUACUGCUUAUCACCGCAGAUCCAAAAUCAUCAUUAUCUGAAAUGUCAGUUCGACAUGUUGUUGGGUCGCGGCUUAGGUUCAUAUUUCAACUUCCCAAUUGUGAUGUCUCAAGUGACCGUAUUGUGGACACAUUCCGUGAGCUCAAGAUGUCCUCAGAUGACUCGAAAGGGAAGCCAGACUUUGCCGCUGUUCGUAUCCCAGCUGCUCCGCUUCCUGACAUUCUUGCACAACCCGUUUUCGCGGUCGGGGAGGCUAAACAAAGUCAUACUGGUGCGGGUGCGAAUCCCAGCCCAAAUCAACCCAACUUCCGGGCACAGAUGCAAGCUGCGAUUUAUCCUAUCAUGGUCAUGUUGAUCCUCAUAUAUGAGGAACAGCACCGAAGGGCCGCGGUGCGACCACAGCUUUCUCGCGAAUUGAUAAUCUACGGAACCUACUUGGAUGAAGGGUCUGUAAAGCUAUAUGCACAUUUUCCAUACUGGGACCCCACCGAUGACGAGGGCGGACCAGGCUGGCGCUUCGCACAGGUGUUGAUGGGGGAGUACACUCUCGCGCAUGUGGGAGAGGAAGAUGAUAAGGGCAAUGCGCCACACCGAUGGCAACUCACUGUGGCCCUGAUCACUGCUCGUGCACACUCGGUACGCCUAGCCGAAUACUUCGACGAAAAGUUGUGCGGCACUUGGGCAAAAAUUUGCAAUAAACACAUGGUGCAAAUCAGGCCCAAUACGCCUCCGAAGGACAUGGGCCACAAACGCCUGCUAAUGCGCCCGCUGUGCCGUCCCCACUUAGACAAUAAGCAUACCAAGGCUAUAGCAUCUAUCUUCUCAUGUGCUUCACAAAUGAUUAUCAAUGUCAGUCCUACAAGACGUCCUGUAAGUUGUACCAGUAAACUACUAGUGAUAUACUGUCGACCAUGAUGUACAUAACUCGAAUAUGUCAUUCUUGUCACCUUGACUAACC